AUGGUCCUCCGAGCCUGCUUUGAUGUGAAGCGGGUCGCCGUCAUCGGCGCUGGCCCCUGUGGCCUCGCCGCUGCCAAAUACCUUUUGGCGCAAAGAGUCUUUUCCGAAAUUGUUGUCUUUGAGCAGGCAGCGGAGGUCGGCGGAGUUUGGAAUUACAGCAAGACUCCCUCGAGCACGCUGCACGUUCCUCAGACGAGCCCCUCCUGCCCGCCGGAUCCUCCAGUCUUUCCCGACGAGGAGGGACCGGCUGUGUUUCCUUCGCCCAUGUACGAUCUCUUACAUACCAACAUCCCAAGGACUAUAAUGAGAUUCAAGGACUUGGAGUUUCCCGAAACUGUGGCGUUUCCCCAUCGGGAUGAGGUUCAGGCUUAUCUGGUGAAGUACUCGCAAGACGUUCGACAUCUUAUCAAGUUCUCUACCAUUGUCAGAGACGUCCGUCUCAGGCAAGGGACAGGCAAGGAUCAAUGGGACGUCAAGACUGAGUCUUCUGCGGGCGGUAAUUCACAGCUUCAGACCUUUGACGCGGUUGUGGUUGCAUCAGGUCACUACUCCACCACCUAUAUGCCCCGGAUCCCCAGCAUUGAGGACUUCCACAAGGCGCACCCAGGUGUCAUUACACACUCCAAGACCUACCGCUCGCCCAAUAUCUACACGGACAAGAAAGUCGUUGUUGUGGGCAACUCAGCCUCAGGAGUUGACAUUGCAGCGCAGAUCCAGAGGGUGGCUGGGCAGGUGUUUCUCUCGGUGCGGGAGCCGACAGCGUCGGAUAGCUUAGCCCACAUCGGGGCUGCAGAAACACCUCCAAUCUCAGAGUUUCUCGUCAAGGAAAAGGGGGUGCGGUUCGAAGAUGGCCGUGUUGAGAAGGACAUUGAUGCUGUGGUGUUUUGCACUGGGUAUCUGUUUGCCUUCCCCUUCCUGGAGUCGCUCGAUACACCGUUGCUGACAGACGGCCGGCGCGUCCACGGGCUGUACAAGGACUUUCUUCACAUCAAGCAUCCGACCUUGGUGUUCCCGGGUCUUCCAAUCAAAGUCAUCCCGUUCCCAUUCUCGGAAAGCCAGGCUGCCAUCUACGCGCGGCUGUGGGCGAAUGUCUUGCCGUUACCGUCCGAGAAAGAAAUGACGGACUGGGAGAAGGCCGCGGAAGAGCAAAGAGGCCCGGCAUUUCACGUCUAUCCAAAGAAGGGCGAUGUCGAGUACCUCAGGGAGAUGCACGCCUGGGCUGCAAAGGCCGAGAGUGGAAAGGAGCCUCCGUUGUGGACCGACGAACAGGUUUGGCAGAGGGAAAUCUAUGCGCAAGCGAAGCUAGAGUUUGAAAAGACUGGCAGAACCGCCAAGACCCUCGCUGAACUCGGCUUCCAUUACAAAGCGCCUUCUGACGCCGUGGAAGAGGCUGCGCAAGAUGUUCUCUAA